AUGACGAUGACCAAACGUGCGAUUUGGUCAGGACCUCAGUUUAAAAUGUUGAUAUUACAAACCGUGACGGUUGAACUGGCGCUCGUUGUGCCAUCGAAAGAAGAACCGUACGGAGGAGGAGGAGGCUAUUUCGGAACAGAAACACGAUAUUCGCGGCUAUGUUCCUGCACAGGCACGACGGUAAACUGUUCCCAUCGAGGAUUGACUCAGGUGCCUCGAAAGAUCCCAUCGGAGACUGACAGACUUGAUCUGCAGGGCAAUAACAUCAGUGUCAUCUACGAGUCGGACUUCCAAGGAUUGGCGAAGCUGCGAAUACUGCAACUGACAGACAACCACAUCUACACCAUCGAGAAGGAUGCCUUGCACGAUCUGAUCUCGCUGGAGAGAUUGCGACUUAAUAGCAAUCGCUUAAAAUCUAUACCAGAUAAUUUUUUAUCCAGUGCCGCUAAUUUAUUACGAUUGGAUCUGUCACACAAUGCACUCACUGCCGUACCGAAACGUGCGUUCAAGGGAGCACCGGCGCUGCGCAGUCUUCAGCUGGACAACAACCAAAUCACCUGCCUGGAUGAAGGUGCCGUGAAAGGACUAACAGAGCUGGAGAUACUGACCUUAAAUAAUAAUAACAUCACCACGCUUCCGCGCGACAUGUUUGCCGGAAUGCCACGCCACGGAAUGCGC